CUCUGGCUCGACCAUGUCGGCGCUGUUUCACGAUGGUUGUCGUGUCAAGUGGCUGUGAAGUAGGACUCCAGACCGGAUUAUAGCAGCAGACACCGCCGAGCUGCUGGUUGACAUUUCUGCCCUUUAUUCGCCUUUAACAAACGGUCGGGCAUUAUCGUCAUUAUCUUCAAGCGAGACGUGUGCGGAGAGGGACCUGUGCAUGGCAGCUUGGCCCUCCCACCCCCUCCCUCUCCCGGUACGGUGCAGCCUCCGUCAUCUCUCCUCCAUGUAACGGGAUGCUGGAGGGAACCCAGCCCCCUCACGUACCCGCACGCUGAGGCCACGUUCAACGGCUGCAGGAAUUUGUAAAACCUCGGCGACUAUGAGUAAUUGUGAAUAAGUGACUUCAUCAGUGAGACUUUCCCGUUGUUCCUGGGCGGGCAGAGCGAGCAACACAGAAGCCCUGGAAGAGGGGGUGGGGACUUUGAGUCCUGAUAAUUGAAGCUUCUGCACUCUUAGCCUCACACAAGUUGAUUGACAAUGAAAUAUAUGGAUCUCAAAAGUACAAAUAUAGAUAAUUUGUGUUCUAUAUUUGUGUAAUAAGGCUCAGUAUUGAGUGAAACAUAUCAGCCUUGAUCAUUGUGACAUCAAGAUGGUGGGACCCCCCUUCCCCUCGUGGUUCAGGACUACUGCUAUCUAAAAAACACUUUGGCUCCUCUGUGGGAACUGAGCAACUGUAGAGAGGGUGGUGGUCCUCCAGCAACAUGGACUACCACGCAGAGUCCUGCUUCUGUGACCCCGAGGAGGGCUACGGCAGCCCCGAUGAGCCCCCCCUUCACAGUAUCCAUGCUCAAAACCGCAUCAGGCCGUCAUCAUACCGAGCCCUGCGGAGCGCCGUGUCCAGUCUGGCCCGCAUCGACGACUUCUUCUGUGAGAAAAUUGGAUCAGGCUUCUUCUCUGAGGUCUUCAAGGUGCAGCACCGAAUCACAGGGCAGGUGAUGGCGCUGAAGAUGAACACGCUGGCUAGCAAUAAAGCUAACAUGCUACGAGAAGUGCAGCUCAUGAACAGGCUCUGCCACCCUAACAUACUCAGGUUCCUCGGGGUGUGUGUGCAUGAAGGUCAGCUCCACGCUCUGACAGAGUACAUCAAUGGAGGCAGCCUGGAGCAGCUGCUGGACAGCGACCUGUACCUGUCCUGGUCCGUCAGGGUGGGGCUGUCUCUGGACAUCGCCCGGGGGCUGCACUACUUACACGACAAGGGCAUCUUCCACAGAGACCUCACCUCCAAGAAUUGUCUGGUGCGCUGUGACAGCGGUGUGUUCACGGCUGUGGUGGGAGACUUCGGCCUGGCAGAGAAGAUCCCGGAUUACAGAGUGAUUGAGGAAACAUGCUGUCUCUGCAGUGAUGGAGGGGGGAAGCAGCCUCUGGCCAUCGUGGGCUCCCCCUACUGGAUGGCACCAGAAGUUCUGAGAGGAGAGCUGUAUGAUGAGAAGGUGGAUGUGUUUGCGUACGGCAUCAUCCUGUGUGAGAUCAUCGCCCGCAUUGAAGCUGAUCCCGACUUCUUACCCAGGACAGAGGACUUUGGUCUGGACGUGGAAGCAUUUGAGAACCUGGUUGGGGAUUGUCCUGCUGCGUUCUUUAGCCUUGCUGUCACCUGCUGUAAUAUGAGCGCAGAGCGGCGUCCCUCGUUCUCUGACAUAGUGUUCACACUGGAGGGCAUUGAGAGCAAGGAAGAGAAGGAGAAGCCCAUUGCACUCGAGCCGCUGGCUGCAGACGUCAGCCCUUACCGGCGCCGCAGCUCCCCUGGUCACCCAGGCGACCGCAGCCAGCGACGGCAGAGCUUGGCGAGGAGCCAGUCGGACGUGUUACCCCCGGCGACCAUGAGCCCUCCGCUCCUCGGGACACCUGCGCGGGUCAACCCCUUCUCCCUCAGGCAGGACCUGAAUGGGGGGCGCUGCAAACUAUUGGAUACCCCAAGCAAGUCGGUCAUCUCUCUGACUUUCACCCUCCCUGCACUGCGUGAUCCAUGCUCCUCCCCCCACCUCCUGAGAGCACUGCCCAGAAGAUGCCGCUCCCUGCCCUGCACUCCUGAGCUCAGCCGGACUGUAGCUUCGCCGAGACACGCGGGCGGAAGGGGGGAGGAAGAGGACGAGGACGUCAGAGCGGAGGAGGAGGAAACGGGUGAGAGGUUGCAGGUGGAGCAGAGGGAGAUACGUGAGAGGAGAGAGUUGCUUCAGGAGGAUGUAGGUCUGUCUGUGGAGCUGGAGAGGAUGUCACUGGAGCGGCUUGAAGAGGAGGAGGAGGAAGAGGAGGAGAGGCGAUGUCUAACCGAACCCAUGGACUGUACCAAGUCUCCUGAGUCAGCAGACUCCCACUCCGCGCCCCCCACACAGACCAACGGCUGGCCACGUCCCAUCUCCUACGGCGCGCCCUCCCUGCCUGCUCUGCUGCGCCAGGACAACAACAACGGCUCGGCCCUCGUGGUAGGUCAGCAGGUGCAGUGGGGGAAGGGGGGGCGUGCUAACAGUUACAGCACAGCGCCUGUUCAGUCCUUGGACCCCGGCGGCCCCCCUGAGCAAGAUGAGGUAAUUUCCUGUCCAGGAUGCUGUCUGGUGGGACUGUCUUUUCCCUCCGUGUGCCUCCGGGGUUCAGCCGCGGUGCCCACCCCCCGCCGAAGGGCUUCAUUACCCCGGCAGCGACCCUACCGGAACCUCAAUGCCACCAUAACCGGGGGCAGUGUGUCCUCGACGACGACAGCCGCCACAGCAACCAAAGCUCUGCUGUGUCGCAGCAACAAUGGACUGGCAGUGGCGGGGGCGCCAGUCCCAUGUGAGCCAGGCCGCUCGCUGCCCGAGGCCCAGACAUAACUAUGACGUGCAUUGACAGAAAAUGUUUGGCGGGGACACACUGAGCCUCGCUAACAACAAGGCCUGCUGGGGGUGGGGGGGGGGGGGGGCACCAGAUUAAAGUGUGUGGCUCACUGACCUGCACUUAACGGUUUAUUGAAACUUGCUCUUAUUUUGGUAAUGUGGUUAUUGUCUUUUUUCCCGAGGGACUGCAGAGAUCUGUGAACACGUGACAUUAAUAAAGAUUAGUCCUUCUUAUUUGAAGGACAGUUAAAGGACUGAUGGACGCUGGCUUCGUUUCAUUGUGCUAUAGUGAUGUCACCCUGUUCACACUUCUCAGCAAUUACUUUAAUAAGUAUAGAUAUAUGGCCAAAACUUCUACAUCAUGUAAUCUGUACUGUACUUUUUGGUAAAUUUUUGUCUCUCCCAUUAUGGAGAAGUUUAGGUGAAAUAAAAAAGUAUUUUGCUCUGCUUGCCGGUGCAGGCCCACUACUCUUCACACUGCAGGCCAGCUUCUGUUUUCACACACUCAUGAUUCAGACAUUAAUAGCAGCUAGAGGGGACUUUUCUAGGAUUUACUUCCUCCAUUUUUAUAGAAGGUGUGUGUGUGUGUGUGGGGCAUGUUUACCUUUGUUUUGGGACCCAAGGGAUGUAAAUAAUAAUUAUAAAUAAUAAUGUCAUUUAAAUUCUGUAUUUUGCACUAGAGUUUGGAGCACUUUGCAGUGAGACACCAGACUUUCACUAAAUGGUGCUUUCCUUUGUGCUACUGAUGUUUUACAUGUGUGUGUUUGUGUACUUCUGAGCCAACAAACUACACACAUCUUUCAUCCCUUGACUGGAACCCUUCUCCCCCCCAUGUAUCUGUGCGUGUACAUGUUUCUUUUAAUUACAUGUGAAGCAGGUAUGCAUAAUUAUUGUACAGAUCAUUUCUCACACUGUGUGUGUGUGUGUGUGUGUGUGUGUGUGUGUGCGCGUGUGUGUGUGCAUGCUUUGGAUCAGCAGGUAGAUGGAAGUUUUCUGACAUUAAGUGUUUGUACUAACAUCAUUUGUAUGUCCUUUUCUUCACUACAGUGUGCAAUAAUCUGGUAAUAAACAGAGAUGUUGGUGCAUAACUUCUGUGCUUUUUUAAUUUCCUUUUGAUAUUUGAAAGGUAUUUGAAAGUGAAAGAAAAUUGACCUUGAGAGAUGAUCUAUGUGUGUGUGUGUGUGUGUGUGUGUGUGUGUGUGUGUGUGUGUGUGUGUGUGUGUGUGUGUGUGUGUGUGUGUGUGUGUGUGUGUGUAUCAAUAUGUUUAAUAAUUUAAGAAAAUAUAAACCUAAAUUCUAGACUGAUGAACAAUUGUUAAUGCAAGUCUAAUAAAACUCUUUUAUUAUACAACACUGUAUCAUCAGGUGUCUUUUUUAGGGCUUGAAGACCGGUAGAAUAAAUAAGUGGACCUUUUCACUUAUCAAAUCCAAUAUCGCAUUGUCCUAACCUAACAGAUCACA